AUGAGUUCCCGUAGCAGGAGGGAAGUCCCUCCUGCAUGUGUCGACAGGGUCACAGAAGUACGAGGCUUCACUGAGGCCCAGAAGGAGGAGUACUUCAGGAGGAGAUUCAGUGAUGAAGAGCUGUGCAGCAGAAUCAUCUCACACAUCAAGACCUCCAGGAGCCUCCACAUCAUGUGUCAAAUCCCAGUCUUCUGCUGGAUCAGUGCUACAGUUCUGGAGCACAUGUUGACCACAGACCAGAGAAGAGAGCUGCCCAAGACCCUGACUGACCUGUACUCACACUUCCUGCUGGUUCAGACAAAGAGGAAGAACAACAAGUACGGUGAGGGACAUGAGACGAGUCCACAGCAGCUGAUGGAGGCUGACAGGGACGUUCUCCUGAAGCUGGGGAGGCUGGCACUUAAACAUCUGGAGGAAGGAAACAUCAUGUUCUACCAAGAAGACCUGGAGCGGUGUGGUCUUAAUGUCACAGAGGUCUCGGUGUACUCAGGAGUUUGUACUGAGAUCUUUAGAAAAGAGUGUGUGAUCUUCCAGAAAUCUGUCUACUGCUUUGUUCAUCUGAGCGUUCAGGAGUUUCUGGCUGCAGUCUACAUGUUCCACUGUUACACCGAGAGGAACAGAGAAGAACUCAACAACUUCUUGGGAACAUAUGGGAACACAGACACCUUCUCCCUGAAUGACCUCCUGCAGAGAACCAUGAAGAAAUCCCUCACCAGUACAAAUGGUCAUCUGGACCUGUUUGUUCGCUUCCUUCACGGCCUCAGUCUGGAGUCCAACCAGAGAGUCUUAGGAGGUCUGCUUGGUCGGACAGAGAACAAUCCAAAGAUCAUCCAGAGAGUCAUCAACAACCUGAAGAAGAUGAAGAGUGAUGACAUUUCUCCUGACAGAAGCAUCAACAUCUUCCACUGUCUGACUGAGAUGAACGACCACUCAGUUCAUCAGCAGAUGAAACAGUUCCUGACGUCAGAGAACAGAUCAGAGGAGAAACUCUCUGGGAUCCACUGCUCAGCUCUGGCCUACAUGCUGCAAAUGUCAGAGGAGGUUCUGGAUGAGUUGGACCUGGAGAAGUUCAACACAUCAGACCAGGGUCGACGGAGACUGAUCCCAGCUGUGAGGAACUGCAGGAAGGCUCAACUCCGUGGUUAUCGACUCUCAGAGACUCGGUGUGAAGUCGUGGCCUCAGCUCUGAAGUCAGACCCCUCCCAUCUGAGAGAACUGGAUCUGAGCUACAACAAGAUGCAGGACUCAGCAGUGAAGCUGCUGUGUUCUGGACUGGAGAGUCCAAACUGUCGACUGGAGACUCUGAGGUUGGAGGGCUGCAGUCUGUCAGAGAUCAGCUGUUCUUCUCUGGCUUCAGCUCUGACGUCAAACCCCUCUCAUCUGAGAGAACUGGAUCUGAGUAGAAACGAUGAUUUGCAGGACUCAGGAGUGAAGGAGCUGUGUGGUUUUCUACAGAGUCCAACCUGUCGACUGGAGACUCUGAGGUUGAAGGACUGCAGUCUGUCAGAGAUCAGCUGUUCUUCUCUGGCUUCAGCUCUGAGGUCAAAUCCCUCUCAUCUGAGAGAACUGAAUCUGAGAGGAAACCACCUGCAGGACUCAGCAGUGAAGGAGCUAAGUGGUUUUCUACAGAGUCCAACCUGUCGACUAGAGACUCUUCGGUUGAAUCACUGCAGCCUGUCAGAGAUCAGCUGUUCUUCUCUGGCUUCAGCUCUGAGGUCAAACCCCUCUCAUCUGAGGGAACUGGAUCUGACUAACAACGACCUGCAGGACUCAGGAGUGAAGGAGCUGUGUGGUUUUCUACAGAGUCCAAGCUGUCGACUGCAGACUCUGAGGUUGUGGGGCUGCAGACUGUCAGAGAUCAGCUGUUCUUCUCUGGCUUCAGCUCUGAGGUCAAACCCCUCUCAUCUGAGAAAACUUGAUCUGAGUGACAACGACCUGCAGGACUCAGGAAUGAAGGAGCUGUUUGAUCUACAGCAGAGUCCAACCUGUCGACUGGAGACU